GGAAGCUGGGGCGCAUCCGAGCACGCAUAGAAAGCCUCCCUUUAGGCUCCUGGCUCAAAACUCUGGCCCCGCCCCUUCUGCUAUGGAGGCUGCCGAGUCCAGCCAAUCUGAAGAGGGCGAGGAAGGGGCGGCGCCCGAUUUGAAAUCUUUUCAAGGACCCGCAAAAAGAGGACCAGAUCUCCCAGCUGCAAGCGGCAGAGAAACCUGAGUGGGCUUAUUUACAAUACUUUACUUAGGGGAGCCUGACACAAGGAAAGGGAAGAUGGCACCUGUGUUUCAGAGUGUGGUGGGGUCUGCUGUGGGCUGGCGAAAUCACAAGAUCCUGCCUGACCUAGAGGAAAGUCCGCUUCCAGACAGGUUCAGGAAGAAGUCUUCUCGCAACAUGACAGCCAUGAGGAUGUCUCUGCGGAAGCGGAUGCCUUUAAAAGAAGUGGAGGUGAACUUUGACGAGAAUCCGACCUGGGAGAGCCUGGAGGCCAAGGAGAAGAGACAGAACUUGCGGACGCUUACGAGGACAGCUAAGAGCGCCUUUGGGACAGUGUCGCAGAAAAUCCAGAAAAGCUGUCAAGGCCCCACACGGUCACUAGUCUCCUCCUGGAACAAAGCUUCUGUGGGUGGCGGCAGCAGCAGCAGGGAAUCUGCAAAAACCCAAAACAGGCCGCCCUGGACCCCUCGCCGCAAGAGCGACCGGUUUGCCACUGUCUCGACCCCGACAUCCGACACCAGGAUUGUGUCCCCAUCUGGCAAGAGAUCCCCCUUUCAACCUGGCUCCUGCCGACUUAAAAAAGAGCUCCUCCCUCUCCGGAGAUCCAUGAGGGCUGCAGCCUUGAGAAGCCCAUAUGGUUCUCCUGCGUCUGCCCGGCAAAGGAGACAAAUUGAUUGCAACCUGGAGCUGGUCUCCACCGGCAUUCGCCGGUUGAAGCGUCUCUCUCAGGCCUUCAACGACAUCAUCGUCCAAGAAGAGAGAGAUCAAGCCAUUGUCAACUACUACCAGGUGAUGGCGCAGAACUUGCGGGCUGCCCAGGUGCGGUCCCGAAACCUCUCCCAGUCUUCGCUCAGGAAGCGGGUGGCCAAACUGCGCUGGGAGCUCAGCAGCUGGGCUGAGAAUAACUUAAAAUAGCAUUAAUCUUGGAGAAUAUGAAGGUGUGUGUGUGUGUGUGUGCGCGCGUGUGUGUUUAUCUUACUUUUUUAAAUAGUGGGUUUUUUGUAUUCUACUCUGAAUAAGCUUCUGUUUUAAAAAAAUGCACACUAAUUUUUGUAACGUCUCAGUGAAACUACAUGGAUUUUUCUUCCUGUAUAUGUGAACUUCUGUGCUAAAACCGAUCCUAUUUAUGGCAUUAAGUCAAGCUUAACCAACCUGAAUCUUAUCUCUCUUUUAUUUGAAGGCUGAGGUGUAAGUGUAUCAAUGAAUAAAAGGAAAUAAAGCUACAAUGCUGGCUUGGUUAAUCGCUGGAAAGCAGGGAUGAAGGACGUUGUGGUUCCUUACAGAUGUUGCUGAACUACAACUCCCAGCAGCCAGCACUGCCAGUGAUGAGGAAUGAUGGGAGUUGGAGUUCAGUAACAUCAGGAGGGCACCAGGUUGGCAAAGGCUCAUCUAAGCCCAACUUUAGCUUUUUAUAUUAGGAAGACUUUACCAUUAGCUGGGGGUGUCUGGGUUAUCUGUAUAGCAACUCCCCCCCCCCAAGCCAACUUGAAGGAGGCCCAAGGAAGAAGCGUAAAAUGUGAUGCAGCUUCCUGGUAAUUUUGGGCUUUAAUUUAAAAGAGAAACGCCAAGCUUCUAGUCCUCAUGCAUGAAAGGAGUUGGCUGAAAAGGUUUUGACAACACACAACAAAAUCUUGGGCCUUUGAAAACUUACGGUAUUUGGCAUCCCUCUAGUUUGAGCGAGGGGGGCUUCAGU